UUUCCAAAUACGUCACAUCCGCUUAUAUUAGGAAUGAAAAUUAGGAGCCGAUAUGUCAAAUUGCUAGUGUAGUUGUGUUUUUACCUUCGUUUCAACACAUUCCCGACAUAAAUGCACGUAUAUGAGUGAACAUUCUGUCACAUCAAAGAUGAAGAAAAACAUGAAAGGUCUGACCCUGCCUGGAGGAGACAUCGCUGCCCCUCCUGCGGCAGCACCCACUGGAGAUCAUAUCGAAAAACCUAAUAAUGAAAUCAGCGGCAUAGACCUGCAGGAUUUACAACAGAAAGUGAAGGAGCUAGAUAUUAAUGAACAGCAGAGAGAGCGCCUAGAAACAUUCCUGACCCAGAAACAACAAGUUGGGGAGCUGACCCAGGAAAACGACUUUGAAAAGCUUGGGGAACUGGGGGCAGGGAAUGGGGGUGUUGUUAUGAAAGUCAUUCACAAACCCUCAGGAAUCAUAAUGGCCAGAAAGCUUAUCCACUUAGAAAUCAAGCCAGCUGUCCGCAAGCAGAUAAUCCGUGAACUGAAAGUUCUCCAUGAGUGUAACUCUCCAUUUAUAGUGGGCUUUUAUGGUGCUUUCUACAGUGAAGGAGAAAUUAGUAUUUGUAUGGAAUACAUGGAUGGCGGCUCAUUAGAUCUGAUAUUGAAGAAAGCUGGUCGAAUUCCUGAACCAAUCUUAGGAAAAUUAACAGUAGCUGUUUUAAAAGGAUUAAGUUAUCUUAGAGAAAAACACCAAAUCAUGCACAGAGAUGUUAAACCUUCCAAUAUAUUAGUCAAUUCAAGAGGUGAAAUAAAGAUCUGUGACUUUGGAGUAAGCGGACAGUUGAUUGAUUCUAUGGCCAAUUCAUUUGUUGGAACAAGGUCCUAUAUGUCACCGGAGCGCCUACAAGGGACCCACUACUCUGUGCAGUCAGACAUCUGGAGCCUGGGACUCUCCCUGGUAGAGAUGGCCAUCGGUCGCUACCCCAUCCCACCCCCCUCCCCCGAAGACCUGGCCAGUAUAUUUGGAGAGGAGGCUAUGGCUGAGCACAUGGAGGCUGCAAAAACUGGCAAACCCCUGAAAGGCUCAGACAGAAAUAGUUUUAGCUUUCCUGGUCCGCCUGGCACUGAUGGCCCUCGACCCAUGGCCAUUUUUGAGCUUUUAGAUUAUAUUGUUAAUGAGCCACCUCCAACUCUACCCAAAGGGAAAUUCUCAGACCUCUUUAUAGACUUUGUGGAGAAAUGUUUGAAGAAGAAGCCGUCAGACAGAGCUGACCUUCAGUCAUUAAUGAAUCACCCAUUCGUGACAAAGUCAGAAGGAGAGGACAUGGACAUUGGAAACUGGGUUUGUAAAGUGAUGAACAUCAAACCGGAACAGAAAAACAGCUAAAGAACAAGCAUUCCAAGCCAGCAAGGGAAAGCACUAUGCAUUCAUGGUGUCUCUCAAUGGUCUAUACCUUUCUCUUCCUCCAAUUUUUACAAAUCUUGUACAGUCUGUGGUUGCUGAGUUUGUUUAUAAUUUGCUUCAAAGUGUAUGUCAGAAAACAUUUUCUUGAUGAUGGUUUUCUCCACGAACGCAAGUGUUCUUUCCCACAUACAUUCUAAAAUAUGUCUGGGGUUUUAGUAAUUUGUUAAUCAGAUAUGCAAAGGAAAGGAAUUCAGGUAGAAAUUUUUUUGUAACUGGGCAUUAGGUUAUCAGAGUAAAACAAAGUUAAAAUGUAAAUCUCAUCUAAAAUAUAUUCCUACCUACGCAAAAUAGUUUGGAAGCAUUGGAGGAUUUAUUGAAUGUAUCAUUGAACAUUGGUGACGAACAUCUCCCGACAUAGUGUGUUAGUACCUAUAGAAAAAGAUGUGUUCAUGUCAUCUGGUAGUCUAUUAAUUUAUUUAGAGUUUCAUUUAUGAUCAGCCAUUUUUAAUGAGCACACAAUUUCACUUUUAUUUUAGAGUUCACAUUUUUGACAAUGCCAGUGUGGAAUUAUUGUUCUUUGAGAUAUUUUUGUGCACUUGAGUUAGAGAGUUGUUGUAUUAUAGAUACACUGAAGUACAGUGAGAUCAUUACUCUAACCUAUACAUAAACAUGCAGUGCUUGUGUGUGAUAUUACUAAAACAAAAAUAAUAGUAAUCAAAUCAUGUUUAGCAUGAUGUAUAGAUAAUUACUUUGAAAAUGUUAAUGAAGAUCAUAUAUGUAAUAAUAAUUAUGAUUAUAAUUUUGGUACAUGUGUAAUGUGUAUUUAGAUGAUGAGGUCAGUUACUCCAAUAUGGAUAAGUAGUUAAAUGUGAAAUUCACUCUGAUUCUGUGAUUAUUGGGAGAUGCUAAUGAUAUACAUACGUGAUGUAUUCUUAUAUACAUUUGUAGAUUUAGAUACAAACACUGAACCAAAACAAAAAAGGAGUUCAUGUUCUUGUCCUGUGAGAAUUUUCUCUGCUUCGUAUCACAUAGUUCAAUCAAUGCUGGUUUUUUUUAAGUGAAUAUUUAUAUUGUUUGCAAAUUUAGACCAAAUGUUAAACUCCCAUAUGUACAUGUACUGUCAAAAGAUUUGGAAUCAUUAAACAAAUUUCUUCUACAUAA